AGCGAGAAGGAGAGCGCAACGGAAAGCAACCCAAGCCUCUCCUUUUCCGCCACUUCCCCCCAUUCCACAGAGGACUCACGCGCCCUUCAAUCGUUCGCCCUGUUUCUUCCUCCCCUCGCCUUCCUCCGAUCCAGGCCCCGUCUGUCGUCUUCGCCCGCCCCCAAAGCUCCAACCUUUCCCUCGUUUUUGCUUGGCGUCUACGGCCUGGUCCGUCCAGGAAAACAACGGAUUUUGUUUUCGUUGCGUUGUUUGCUGCUGUGCUGUUGCCGCGGUUUUUGUCCGCUCCUCGGAGUUCAGUUCGUUCCUUCUCCAUUUCUUGAAGCGCCCCCUCAGUGGGCUGCGUUAUUCGCUUUGGAUUCCGCAGCUUGGUUUGGAAGCCUCGGUUCUUGGUUUGGGAAGGAUCCCCCUUUCAAGGAGAGGAAUUUGGUGUGGGUUGAUGGUAUCCUGAGAGGAGUCCGCGAUGCAAUGAUGGGUUCUUGAAGCCGAGGUGAAUCUUUGACCAGCCCAAUCUCCCGAAUUUUGAGCUGACGUCGCUCGGUUCUUGAUCCGCCGGGCGCCAUGGGCCUCUGCUACGGCAAGUCGGCGGGGGUCCAGGAGCCUGCGGCGGAGGAAGAAACCCAAGUAGCUGCCGGCGCGGCACCUCCAGCGGUGGCCCGCGAUGAUGGGGCCGCGUCGCCGGCGAAGGCGCCCCCGACGCCCAAGCAGCCCAAGUUCUCCUUCUACCUGCCGAGCCCGCUCCCAACCUCCAGCUACAAGGGCUCGCCGGCCAACUCCAGCGUCGCGUCCACGCCGGCGCGCAAGCGCCCGUUCCCGCCGCCAUCGCCCGCCAAGCACAUCCGCGCGCUCCUGGCGCGCCGGCACGGCUCGGUCAAGCCCAACGAGGCGUCCAUCCCCGAGGGCGCCGAGCCGGACCUGGGGCUGGACAAGAGCUUCGGAUACUCCAAGCACUUCGCGGCCAAGUACGACCUCGGCCGGGAGGUGGGGCGCGGCCACUUCGGCUACACCUGCGCCGCCAAGGCCAAGAAGGGCGAGCUCAAGGGCGAGGACGUCGCCGUCAAGGUCAUUCCCAAGGCCAAGAUGACUACUGCUAUUGCCAUUGAAGAUGUCAGAAGGGAAGUCAGAAUAUUGAGUUCUUUGACAGGCCACAGCAAUCUAGUGCAGUUUUAUGAUGCUUUUGAGGAUGAAGAAAAUGUAUAUGUUGUUAUGGAGUUAUGCAAAGGAGGUGAACUGCUGGACAGGAUUUUGGCUAGAGGUGGAAAAUAUUCUGAGGAAGAUGCUAAGGUUGUUAUUCACCAAAUUCUAAGUGUUGCUUCAUUUUGCCAUCUUCAGGGUGUUGUUCAUCGGGAUCUGAAACCAGAGAAUUUUCUUUUCAUGUCAAAGGAUGAGAAUUCUGCCUUGAAAGUCAUAGACUUUGGUUUGUCUGACUUUGUUAAGCCAGAUGAAAGACUUAAUGACAUUGUUGGAAGUGCAUAUUAUGUUGCUCCUGAAGUGCUCCAUCGAUCUUACGGCACUGAGGCAGAUAUGUGGAGCAUCGGAGUAAUUGCAUAUAUUUUGCUUUGUGGAAGCCGCCCUUUCUGGGCACGAACUGAGUCUGGAAUUUUUCGAGCUGUCCUAAAAGCAGACCCUAGUUUUGAUGAUACCCCUUGGCCUACCCUUUCUGCUGAAGCAAAAGAUUUUGUAAGAAGGCUACUCAAUAAGGAUUACCGCAAGAGGAUGACUGCUGCACAAGCCCUCUGCCAUCCAUGGAUCCGUGGCACUCAGGAAGUUAAGAUUAAUUUAGACAUGAUUAUCUACAGGCUCAUGAGGGCUUACAUAAGUUCAUCUUCUCUACGGAGGUCUGCAUUGAGGGCUCUUGCAAAGACACUGACGAUAGAUCAACUCUUCUACCUGAGAGAGCAGUUUACACUGUUAGGUCCAAACAAGAGUGGCCAUAUCUCCUUGCAAAAUAUGAAGACGGCCUUGAUGAAGAAUUCCUCAGGUGCAAUGAAUGAUUCUAGGGUUGUUGACUUUGUUAACUCAAUAUGCAAUAUCCCAUAUGGAAAGUUUGAUUUCGAGGAGUUCUCUGCUUCGGCUAUUAGCGUUUAUCAAAUGGAAGGCCUAGAGACGUGGGAACAACAUGCUCGGCAAGCGUAUGAAUUAUUUGACAAGGAGGGCAACAGACCAAUUGUGAUCGAAGAACUUGUAUCGGAACUUGGACUUGGCCCUUCAGUUCCACUUCAUAUUGUUCUCCAAGAUUGGAUCAGACAUCCCGAUGGAAAACUCAGUUUCCUCGGAUUCAUAAAACUAUUGCAUGGAGUUUCUUCGCGCCCUAUCCCUAAAGUCUGAGAUAACCUCUUGCGCCAACCAAGGAGAAAAGUGACAACUAAGCUAAUCUCUGCCCAGUGCAUGGCAUGUCUGGUUGUAGAAGUUGCAUGAAACUAGCACAAAGGUUAACAGAUGAUAUAGUAGUGUAAAGAGGUAAAGGCUCUCAGUAGGUCUAUCUAUAUUGUCGCCGCCUCUCACAUGGAUCGACAUUGCACUCAGGAUGUUUAGAAGAAUGUUAGAAUGUAUAGAUUUGGUUUGGGGAAGAAUGGAAGGGCUAAAAGAUUUGAGGCUGAUUUUGUGGGUGUCAACGUUGUGUGGUGCUGUGUGUCUCAGUAAUGGGUUGAGAGGUAAUGCCUUGCCUUGUGUUGUGCCGCUUCAUGCCCUAAUUUCGUAUUCUAAUUGCUGUAAUCUCCAUGUUAUUUAAAUUUCUAACGAGAGGUAAUGUUUAGCUUUGUAACUUUA